UCGCUCUGUGCACAAGAUGGCGCCACCUAACUUCCGGGUAGCGAGUGGUAGGUAUACUAGUUUCCGGUUGGAGUUGUUGUGGGGAGAACUGCCGGCAGGAGUACAGAGUGAAAGCGACCAUGAGUGUUUUUAAAGUUAAGGAGAAACGAUUGACCUACCAGCGUCAAGAGAAGAGGACCUCUCUACAUUGUUGUGUGCCUCUGUGUGCUAAUUCUUCAAGGUACAACUCGGAGAUUAGCUUUCACCGAUUUCCAGCGGAUCCAGAAGUCCGAGCUCAGUGGCUAAUAAAGAUCCGCAGGGAAAACUUCAGUCCUGUUCCUAGUACUCGCGUUUGUAGCAGGCAUUUCCAAACGGGUGAUUUCGCUGUGACAGCGGGGGGAAAGAGAACGCUCAACAGAGGAGCGGUGCCUUGUCUUUUUGCCUGGAACAGUUUUAGUAUACCUGCGCCGAGGCUUAACGUGUGGAAACGCCGGCCGUGAUGCCCUUCCCCGGCCAUAGCAGCGCCUGACUCCGACUCGGAGAUGGACGUGCAGUUAGCGCAAGAUCAUGAUUACUGCGUUACUCCAACCACAUCAGCAGUGACAGAUGCUUUAUCAGACGAGAACGAGGCUCUAUGGAGAAGAGUACAAGAACUUGAACACCGUCUUGAAACCUUACAGCUGCAGAGCCGUUUUGGGCUUCAUCGUCUUGCAGGAUCAGACGAAGACAUUCGUUUUUACACAAGGUUGGUCCAUGUUUUUUUUAAAUAAAAUUUGUCAGUUCUAUUUAUAUAUGUAUCCAGCUUAAUAAGAACGUAUGUGUGGAUGUAUUGUCAUGUCUUGUUCAUUAUUCACAGUAAUGUACAGUACAGUUAACAGUGAUUUAUCAUUUUAUUUUUAGAUUUGCAUCAUACAAGCAUCUCCAGGCCUUUUGGCACCUGGUGGAGCCUGCAGUGAAAACCAGGAUGGUCCGGAUCACCAGUUCCUGUGCUGCCUCUGCCAACGUCAGUGAGCCAACUCAACAAAGAUCAACAAAACUCGCACCAAUAGAUGAACUGCUGCUGUUUCUGAUGCACCUGUCUGUGGGCCUACCUCUCAGGGAUCUUGCCAACCGCUUUGGUAUUCACCGCACCACAGCCAGCAGAAUUAUUGCAACAUGGACACACUUUCUGUACCAUCUACUUGGAUCUGUUCGCUUGUGGAUUCCAAAAGAAGAAGUGAAGGCUCACUUGCCACCCGAAUUUUCAGCAUUUCCUGACACACAAGUAGUGCUUGACUGCACAGAAUUUUUUUGCCAAACUCCCUCCUCGCUUGUUUUGCAGAGUGAGGUAUUCUCAACAUACAAAUCCCACACCACAUUCAAGGCCAUGAUUGGCAUUGCACCCCACAGUCCCAUCACCUUUGUGUCUGCAUUGUAUGCAGGCUCUUUGAGCGACCGGGAAAUCUUUAAACUGUCUGGAAUCACCAAACUCCUCACUGCUGACACAGCUAUUAUGGUGGACAAGGGUUUUCUCGUUGACAACCUUGUUCCAUGCAAGGUCUACCGACCUGCCUUUCUUUCAAACAGGAGCCAAAUGUGUAGAGAGGAUGUACAGCAGACCCAGUCCAUUGCCCGCUUGCGUGUUCAUGUCGAGAGGUGUAUCCGAAGGGUUAAAGAAAACAAGCUCUUUGACAAAGUCAUACCAUUGUCAGUGUGUGGAAGCAUUGAUCAAUUGUUUAGUGUGGCAUGCUUCCUGGUAAACUACCAAAACGGGCCACUGGUGAAAGCGUGGGCAGGCAAAUGAAUAAACUCUAAUACUGUACUCUAAUUCUAAUACUGUACAGGAGGUCAAAACACAUACACGCACACCAGUGGAAUAGAAGUACUUUCAUACCACAGUAAUGUUAAAGCUGCAAUCAGAUUUACUUUUUAAUUUCUUUGUUAAAAGUUGUGACAUUUGUGUUUAAUUUCAAAUUUGUUCGUAUGAUUGUAAGUACUGUUAAAAAAACAAAACAAAAAAAAACAGAUUGUGUUAUUUUUAUAAUUAAAGGAUCCUCUUUAAAAAAUUGGAGAGACACUGGGAAACAUGCCAAACUGUUAUAUUUUAAUAAAUAAAAUCAAAUUCAACAACAA